AUGUCCGGCAGACCAGCCGUUGUCGGCGCGGAUGCCGGUCCCGAGGCACCCUACCCUCUGCAGAUGGAGGGCAAGGUCAUCUCGGGCUUUGGCCGCGGCUCCAAGGAGCUCGGCAUCCCCACCGCCAACCUCCCCGUAGACGCCGCCGUCACGCCCUGGAUCGGGGAGAUAACCUCUGGCGUCUACUUUGGCUACGCCUCGCUCGCCCUCCCGGCCUCUCACCCGCAGCACGCCCCUUCCUCCUCGUCCUCUUCCUUCAGCGUCUUCCCCAUGGUCAUGUCCAUCGGGUACAAUCCGUUUUACAAGAACACGGUCCGCAGCGCCGAGGUGCACGUGCUGCACCAGUUCUCGCAGGACUUUUACGACGCGCACAUGCGGCUGCUCAUCGCGGGCUUCAUCCGCGAGGAAAAGGACUACAAGAGCCUCGAGGCGCUGGUCGAGGACAUCAACACCGACUGCGACGUCGCGAGGAAGAGCCUCGACCGGGAGGGCUGGCGGCACGCGGCGCUCAAGGGUGGUGAGUGGCUGACCAAGGAGCUGUAG